CUAAUAGCCAAUGGCAGGGCAGGAGGCGGGAUUUGUCGGAAUACGGGUGAAAAACUAAAAGUAAGGCUGACCGGAGAGUGAAGAGCGCACAGAGUCAGAAUGAAGUCCAUACCGGAGGAUUUAACCACACUCGUCUCAGAUUUGGAAGCAUUUCUGAACGAGGUUCUGAAAGGGGAAAAUCUGAGCAAGAAGGCAAAGGAAAAAAGAGAUGCUUUUAUAAAAAGGAUAAAGGAGGUCAAAGCCAGUUACCCUCAGGAUUUCAAGGAAAAACGAGAUGAAGAGUGGGAUGAGAUUGAGGAAGCGGACAGCAACAAUGAUGGCAGUUCACUGCACUCUGAGCGCACGGAUAGAGACGAGGAGCCGGCAUAUGAUGGAAUUCAGCAUGCCCCUCCAGUAGCAGCUCAAGAUCUUCAAGCCGUGUUCAAGAGUGGUUAUCUGGAAAAACGAAGAAAAGAUCACAGCUUCUUUGGCACAGAGUGGCAAAAGAGAUGGUGUGCUCUGAGCAACCACACAUUCUAUUAUUAUGGCAGUGAGAAAGAUAAACAGCAGAAGGGAGAGUUUAAUAUCAGUGGUUACACUGUCAAAAUGAACAACAAUUUGCGCAAAGAUUCCAAGAAAGACUGCUGCUUUGAAAUAUCUGCUCCUGACAAGCGUGUUUAUCAGUUCUGUGCCUCCUCACAGAAAGAGGCAGAGGAAUGGGUAGAGCAGAUUAGCUUUGUGAUAAAAGACAUGGAAGGCGUCAUUCCUUUGGAGGAGGAACAGGACACCUAUGAUGACUGCUUACCUUUGAAUGCAGCAUCCAUGCCUGCACCCAUUGAUGACGAUAUCUAUGAGGAGCUUCCUGAGGAGGACAUGCCUCCCACUAAUAAACCAGCACCGGAGCCAGUCAGCAAACCCCCUGUAGCACUUCCAGUGACAGCAGUAAAUAAGAGCACAGACUACAAGAACUACUUCCAGGGUUUGUGGGACUGCACUGGAGACCUACCUGAUGAACUGUCCUUCAAGAGAGGAGACAGCAUCUACAUCCUCAGCAAGGAGUACGAUACUUUUGGCUGGUGGGUUGGGGAGAUGAAAGGUGUCAUUGGCAUAGUGCCUAAAAGCUACUUGACAGAGCUUUACAUUCUGUAAAGGCCUUAAAGGUCAUCUGAAGUUCCUUUAACUCUGCCUCCUUGAGGUAAUGCAUUUCGCAUUAAUUCCAGUCUUUUUCUUGCCAGGAUGAUGGAUGGUUACUAUUUCUGUCAGGUGUAAAGUGUACCGCAAAAGACAAAUAUGUUUAAAAUAUGUGUAUGUGAAAAAUGUUUGCUUAAAAUUGUUGCUCUCUAAGUUAAUUAAAUGCAGUGUAUUAAAAAGUGGAAAAAGACAAGUUUAAUUGUUUGAAUUAUGAAUGAUGUGUGAAUUACGAUUGUUGAAAAUUAUGCUUGUUAAGUUAUAUUAUAAAAAUGUAGUGUUAUAUAAAAUAACGAGCUCUAAAAA